AUAAUUUAUAAUUUAUUUGUACGGCGAUAGAAAAAUGAAAUGCCUACGGAAGUGUGGAUAAAUAAUGCGGGAGCCCCGAAGAUAAAGCGAUUUUCAAAAGAGAAAGAAGAGAAAGAAAGGAAACCAAUGCGCGAUGCUCUACACAAAUUAACAUAAUUAAGGUGCCUCAAUGCUCAAUGAAAGACGAACCUCAAUCAACACCGCUAUCGAAUGCAAAUGAGCCCGAGACCAAAUACCAAAUACCAUCCAUGGAGGCGACAUCACUCAACGAGCCGAAAGCCAAAUGUGCAGCAUCACAUCACAGCAGCAGCAAAACUUAAAGCCAACAAUUGCAUAAUAUUGUAUGCCCGUGAAGACAGCAGGAAGGAGAGGUUGAGGGUAGCAGACACCGGAGGAAGCGUUAUAUAGAGAGGCAUUAUAUAGACGACCUCAUUUACCCAUAAUCGCAAUCGGUUGAUCAAAGAUUCAGAGAGUCAGAGAGUCAAAAAGAGAGAGAGAGAGAGGGAUACAAACAAACAUUAUGGAUCUAUGGGUAAUACUACAUCAGGUGUGCCUCCAUGUGCUGGACGUCUUCAAGAUCUACUUAAAGUUUGCAUUCCUCACGCUGAUCGUCUAUCUGGUGGCCGAGUGGUACAUCAUACGCUAUGGCGCCGAACUGGAGGCCCAACUGGAUGCCCAUCUGGUGGAGGGCGCCGAGCUGCCGGAGGACACCGCCGAGCGGGCCGCCUCGAACAGCACUCUCGGCAAGGUGUUUCGAUUUGUGGUGAACUUUUUCAUCCUAUAAACAGGUGAUGGUGAUGGUGAUGGAUCGACUGAAUCGAACCGAACCGAACUGAACCCAGUAGCCAACAAUCCACUGAAACCAAGGUCAAUCACGAAGUGGAAUCGGUUUUCUGUCUUUCGCGGAAUUGUAAUUCGAUUCAGCGUUCAGCAGGCAGCAGGCAACAUCUCAAGGCUCCGCCCCGUUAAGAGAAUGUAAAAAACUUAUGAUACAAUCGAACCAGUUGCAUUAAACCACAACAACAACAACAAAAACAAAAACAAUAAAACAAUAACAAUAA